AUGAACUCGAGGUGCUCAUUUCGAGGGCCCGGGUGCCUGAGGCCUCUUCGACCGACUGGAAAUACCUGGUCGGCCGGCCGUGCCCUUCCCACUGACUUUGUUUCGUUCAACAUUGUAAUAUUUGAGGAUUGUUUCAUGUCAGUCUUUGCUCCACGCUUUCGAGCGAGGGCUGUGCCCACUGCCUCCCAUUGUUCAUUGAGUACCCUCGCCGCCCCAGCUGCCGUGCGUUCAGUGCGUGGCACCGAAACCUUCGGAGGCCAGCGCUCGGCUGCAGCAGGCGUGUUUUUGUUUUUCUGCCCACGUCGCAGGGCCGAAUGCGGGCACUCGAAGCCUUGCACGACUUCUGGGCGCGUGGCACUCGCUGGCGCCUUCACACUCCUCAACUCCUGGGACCCCCCCCGCAUCCUUUUCUUUGUUUUUCUCUGUCUCGCAAUUCACGCGCACUUGUCCUCCAAGGUCGGGGUUCGUGACAAUAUCAGGUUUACUCCUUAG